UGCUCGGAAAGAAUGAUGACAAUGCCCUUGACCUGGGCUAUCGACAUCUACUCUGUGCCUGGUGAUCAACAUCGCGCGAAGCAAUUUGCCAUCACUGCUGCUGCAGCAAUGGUAACGCCUUUCCAUGCUCUAUCAGAGUGAUAGUGGAAUACUUGACGAAGGUUGCUUUUCAACUUCAUGACCAUGCGUGCAUAGGCGCCAUGCAGUCUCACAUGCACAUUGUGCCUAGGUUUGACGCGCUGGCCUCUUCGCAUACGCAUGGCAUGUUCAACGACACUGAGCAUGUCCAGCGCAUACUGUCGUCUCUACGAUGGUUUAAAAAGCGAUCUUUGGGAUGGCACAAAGCAGCAUCCAACAGCCCCACUGAGCUAGCUAGGCCACAGUCACAGCGCAGCAGAGCUUCGCAUAGACCUCUUCUUUCUCUUGCUUUUUGCGUCUUCGAAAAAUAGCCGCAAUGGUCUUCUUCUCUGCCUCCUUUGCCGCUCUCUUCACUGCCGUCCUGUCAGCGACCGCUGUUGUUGCUCGCCCGGUCGAGAGCACCACCGCCCUUGCGAAGCGCGACGCGCCCGCUCCCCACUGGGUCAUAUACUCUGACAAGUGGAUCUCGGGCGAGACUGGUCCUCCGUCUGUCUCUGACAUCAAGGGCUACAAUGUUUUUGCUCUGUCCUUCUGGCUCCUCUCUGGCCCUGCCGACCAAGCAGUCGAGUGGACUUCACUCGAUGCUGCCACCCGCACCUCGAUCAAGACGCAGUACAACAAUGCGGGCAUCAAGAUGAUCGUCUCUGCGUUCGGCUCCACCGAUGCACCCACGAGCUCUGGCGCUGACCCCACUACCACGGCCAACAACCUUGCUGCCUUCGUCAAGCAGUACAGCCUCGACGGUGUCGACAUCGACUACGAGGACUUCAAUGCUAUCAACGCCCAGGAUGGCAAGGCCGAGGCUUGGCUCUCGACCUUCACCACCGCCCUCCGCGCUCAGCUUCCCGCAGGCGAUUACAUCAUCAGCCAUGCUCCCGUUGCCCCUUGGUUCUCGCCCAAAUACACCAGCGGUGCUUACCUCAAGGUGAACCAAAAUGUCGGCAACCUUAUCGACUGGUACAACAUUCAGUUCUAUAACCAGGGCACCUCCGAAUAUACCACCUGCGAUGGCCUGCUCACCGCCUCCUCGAGCACGUACCCGAACUCGGCCGUCUUCCAGAUCGCCGCCUCCGGUGUCGACCUCAACAAGAUCGUCAUCGGCAAGCCAGCCGGCACUGGCGACGCCAACAACGGCUUCAUGGACGCAUCCACCCUCGCGGGCUGCCUCUCGACGGCCAAAGGCAAGGGCUGGGACGCUGGUGUGAUGGUGUGGGAGUACCCUGACGCCGCCGCCGCCUGGAUCCAGACCGUCCGCUCGCAGGCCUUCCCCGAGUAAAUUAUACGACUAACGCAUCAAACCAUCGCAUCGACACAUGUCCUGGAGAGAUGUGGAGGCGCGAUCAUUGUACACUUACGCAAACUGGCAUCUUAUUUAUCUAUUCGGGCUCGUGGAUUCGUUGGAUUUUGGUUAUUAUGUUCGUUGACGGGCUUUCGGGAUUAACUUUUAUCGGGUGUCUAUGUAGAAGAACGGCAAUGUAUUCUUGUUGGAAAUUUUACGCA